AUGCUGGGAGGGGCGGGCGGGAGGGGUGGGUGCCGGAGCGGGCGCUCGGCGGGGAGGGCCGCGCCGCCCGCCCAAGGUCACCACGGGGAGAGGCGAGCGCGGGGCCUCGGGCGGCCCUGCCGGCACCUUCCGCCCCCCCGGCGCCGCGUGGCCGCCCCGCCGCCCGUGGCCAUCGCCGAGGGACCCGCGGUGGCGGCAGCGCCCGAGGAGCGGUGGCCCGGGCAGCGCGGCGCGGCUCGGGGACACCUCUCGCCCCCGCUCCCCGCCGGGCACGGCGAUGUCUCUCCCGCUGCCCCCCAAACAUUUUGCAGGUUCGCCAGCCCACUGGGGGAUGUGAAAGCCAGCGGCCUCCCGCCACCUGCCCUUCACGUGGAGGCGGUGGCCGGGAUUUUGGAGAGGCUGUGGGAUGCGCGGGGACACGAAGCCAUGGGCCAUCGCCACUUUAGAGCCGUCCGCGUCGUUUCUCGGAGGAAAAAUGCCACUGUAUGGCCGCUGGUGACCCCGGGUGCUUACCUGAGAGACGGAGAACGUGUGAAGAUGAUGCAGUGUGAGCAGGGACGCACCAUGACUGACCAGCGGCCUUCGCCGGCCGUCACUGCGGAGCUCCUCAUGAGCGCGGAGCUCCAGCCUGAGGGGCUUCCCUCACAGGACCUCGCCGUGAGGGACCCGAGUCCGGACAUACUCAAGAACGGUUCGGACGCAAUCUGGUGCCACAUGCUCUAGGAUGACCCUACAGUAGGGUGGUUGGAUCAGAUGACCCGCUACGAUCCCUUCCCCCGUGACUGAUGCUGUCAAUUGGUGAUUCGGUGAAGAGGAACGAGCUCGUGGUGACGGGAAGCCGCACUUUGCAUCAGUGAUGGACUCCAGAGGAGGCAGGAGCCGGAGUGUGGCAAAGAGCCCUGGCUGGGAUGCCACGGCCACCGAAAAGGUUCUCCCUUCCACUGACGCUCUCCCCCCCAUUCUUUUAUUAUAAUGAGCGAUAUAUAUAAAAUCUCUCACUGCUGGGGAGGGUUAACACACCGAAGCCUCUUCCUCCCGGGCAGACCACGGUGGCACCUGCAAUAACUGACACCAGCUCCCCAGCACCGAGAAAGUGCUCGAGGUAAAUCUCUGCUGGAAUAACAAAGAGGAGAUGGGGAGAUGUUCCACUUUAAUAUCCGCUCCAUCUUUCUUAUCUAUAUUAGAAACGCCUGUCAAUAAGGGUGUCUGAGUAGAGCUGAAAUUAUGAAGCACCUUCUAGAUUCCUUUAUCUCCUGGAGAAACAUUAAUACUUAUAAGUAUUCAAGGAUGCUGGGUGAAGGGAAGGCCAUAAUUCGUCUGAGCUGGUGUGUUUGUUUAGGAAAUAUGCCUUUUAAUUUCUUUUUAUAUUAUUUGAAAUGCCUUCCUCUGCUCUAAGAAAACAUCCACUUCUGUUGUUAUUUGUGAAACAGGAGCUGAAGAUUGCAAGUUUACUCAAAAAAACCCUGUUUUGAAUAUGCCAAUGUUAAUUUAAGCAGUUGCCAAAUUUUCAUGUAAAGGUAUUUUUUGUAGUGUGCACAUUUAAUAUUUGUAUGUCCAUUAUUCCCUGUGCUUAUCUGAUCGACAGGCACUGAGUAAAUAUUGUCUUUGAGUUGAUCUACAGAAGUCAAAAAAGACACUGUAAAAUGGAACUCUCUCUAAAUAUGGACCUUUUUUCUCUGCCUUUCUCUGGAAAUUCCUGGAAACUACUUCCACACACAAGGGUCUCAUGAAUUUUGGGGGGGUUUGAUACUUUCAUUCUAAAUACCACAGCAAUCUAAAAAUCACAGCAAUUUCUAACAUGGAAUCUGGUGGAAGUAAUGAUGUGUUUGAAUAAAUUCCUCUCCCCUUGUAGCUCUGCUUGUUUUGAAUGCAAAUGGUGCAAGUAAACACUGUCUCCUUCAGCAGGAAAUGGUGAUCAGUGGAACAUUUAAAAAUAAAUUUCUGAGUAAUAAA